UUUUCGUAUCGUUAGUUGUCGUGAUUACAGCAGAAGGAGACUGUGGAUUUGCGCUGCUGCCGCUGUUAAUCUUCCGACCAUGAAACUAGUUUACUUCCUGGUGUUAUACUGUUCAUGCAUUUCGGUAAAUGCACACCCCCCAUGGUUCUGUAAUGAGACAGAACCUACUACACCUCUUCCAGGAGGUCUCACAAAAGCUGAUGUCAAUGAUCCAUACAUCAAGAAUAUAUCAGCUUUUGCACUGCCUACAAUUAAUAGGAAAUUUGAUGCAAUUUUCAAGAUAGCUCGAAUUAUCAGUGCAGAAACUCAGGUUGUUGAAGGUACUCUUUAUUACCUCCGGCUAGAAGUUUGUACCACCAACUCCAACAGGGGAGAAGAUGAUCCCAGUUCUGAGUGCAUUCAAACAGGAGAAGCGAACAAGCAACUGUGUGACGUACAGGUGUGGGAUAGACCAUGGCUGCCUGAACGUGAAGUUACAGAACUAAAUUGCACUGCAAUAAAUGCAAGGCGGAAAAGAGAGCUUGCUGUCAAUGCAGGUCACACAGAAGGUAAUACCACUUAUCCUACUAUUAUUCCUGGAGGUCGUACAAAAGCUAAUGUCAGUGAUCCAAUCAUCAAGAACAUAUCAGCUUUUGCACUGCCUACAAUUGAUAACAAAUUAGAUGGAACUUUCAAGAUAGCUCGAAUAAUCAGUGCAGAAACUCAGGUUGUCAACGGUGUAAUUUAUUACAUCCGGCUAGAAGUUUGUAGCACCAACUCCAACGGUGGAGAAGAUGAUGCCAGUUCUACUUGCAUUAUAACAGGAGAAUCGAACCAGUAUAUCUGUGAUAUACAGGUGUGGGACAGACCAUGGCUGCCUCAACGUGAAGUUACACAAGCAAAUUGCACUGCAAUAGAUUCAAGGCGGAAAAAGAGAGGAAUUCUGCUGAAGUCACUUCAAUUUCCUUCAUAGCUACUGAUCUUAAAGAACAUUCAUUUUGAUAACUUCCAGAAUGGACACCAUAUAUUCAUAUUUCACAUGAAAAUAGACAAAUUGUUUAAAUCAUUGAUGAAACAUAGAUAUAGAGAAAUGGCCUGAUGUGGCUAAUCUACACUUAAAUCUAAAGCAUGAAAAGAUCCAUAUACUGUGACGAAGGCUGGAUAAAUUUAUAAAAAAAUUAAAAGCACUUUGUAACUUUUUUUUAAUAUAUUAUAAAAAAUUCAAGUAGAUUAACGUAAAAGAUAGAAAAGAAAUAAUAAAGAAAGUUUUAAAUUACAAUGCAUGUACAAACGUUUUAAUGAAAUAAAUUUCCUUGUUGCUUCCA